UUUUGAAAUCGCGUACGUCAUUUCCUGUUGCAGCAGUUUAGUGCGUCCUGUCAGCAUGGAUCUUGCUCUGCAAAGUGCAGAGACUAAAAACUAUCUAUCUAACUAACUAACUGACUAACUAACUAACCAGAAUUUGCGUCUAAAAGCACGUGGGUUCGCAGGUAAUAACGUGUGCAUUAUGUGGCGACUGAAAGCAGUGCGACACAAAUCGAGUGUCUCUGUAAAAGAUUUGGAGGAGUUUAAACAGAAGAGAAGAGAACAUGAAAAAGUCCUGAGACAGACCAGGAGAGACAGACAGCUGGUCAGUAAAAGGCUUCUGUUAAAUGAUGAGGAGCAGGAAAAUGACCUGAUGGAAACAGACUGUACUCCUUUUUCUCAAGAUCAGAUUCGAGAGAUGUUGCACAAUGUGCAGCAUGGUGGAGAAGAGAAAGCUGCUCAUCUGGUGAUGCUGAGAAAGGCACUAAGAGACCCUCAGACUCACCCCAUCUUCACUAAGCGGGAGAACAGCAUGUAUGUGCUGGUUGGGCAGCUCAGCGGACACAAUGCUCAGUGCCAGCUGGAGGCAGUGAGGUGUCUUUAUGAGCUGUCCAACUCUCCUCACCCUGGUGUGGGCCAGUCAUGCUUGUCUGCAACCCCAUAUCUUCUCACAUAUCUGUCCAGCCCAAGUGCCAAACUGACAGAGCUUUGCCUGUACACAUUAGGCAAUCUGUGGCCAGAGGGUGCGGUAGUAAAAGAGAAGCUGCUGGUCCAGGGGAUAGUGCCUGCUCUGGCUAACUGCAUCCAGAAUCAAAGAUGUAAGCUGGCAGUGAUGGAGGCAGUGGGCUUUACAUUGUCACAGCUGCUUCAGGAUAAAGAUGCUGCAGACAAAGUUAUCCCGAUGGUCAUGUCCUCUGGUUUCGUCCCUUAUUUAAUUUCGCUUCUGACUCCAGAUCCAGAGUUUGGUAUGGGAGCUGCAAUCGAAUGUGCCUGGUGUUUACAUUACAUAGUAUCACGUACUAAUGAUGCCUCCACCUUGAUAACAGAAGGACUCCUUUCACAGUGCAGUAACCUGCUGAUUACACUAGGAGGGGCUGUUGCUGAAGUAAGCACUAAUGAUGGCAUGGAAUUGCUGAUCUGGCCCUUGCUGCGCUGCCUGGGUAACAUGUUGGCCAGCGGGGUGUGCGAGGCUGCAGGAUGCACAGUGGGAAUAGAGGAUGUCCGUCUCUUAGCUGCUCUGUGUGUGUUCAGCCAGACUUACUUAACCUCCCACUGUGCUCUGAGCAGGGAGAGCCUGUGGGUCCUGAACAAUCUCACAGCUGGUUCACCAAUGUUUUGUUCAGCUGUGCUGUUCUUGAAGAUGGUACCAUCUCUUCUCCAGCUUUUACCCUUUGCAAAUGGAAUCAAUACCAUGGUGUUAAGAAUUCUGGGUAACAUUGCUCACAAUGGUCCAGGAUACUGUAUUCAGCUGAUGCAAGCAGGUCUACUCUCUGUCCUUUGUGCCACACUCAAAAUGGCUGACCCAGACAUAGUAACACUGAGCCUAGAGGUGCUGCAUUUGCUCAUAGCUAAUAGCCCACAGGUAGCUGAAGAGUUUAUCAGGCUGGAUGGCAUUCCUCUAUUGGAAGCAAUUCAAUAUAACAAUGAAGAUGAGCAACGUCUUCGGGCAUCUUACAUCUUAGACCACUACCUUCACGCUCACUAAAUGAUCCCUCAUGACUGUGAGGACAAACAGGACCUGCACUCCUUAGAUUUUUAAAGAAAGACAAUCAUUUUUUAACAUGUUUACUGUUGUAUUAUUGUACUAAAUCUUACAAAAGUAUUUUGUCAACAAAACAUUUUGUAAAUAAAGUAUUUUUUUAUUUUA